CCGCGCUAGUGUCACGGUACCCUCUAACUUUCCUUCAUACAUAUAUUCUUCACGAACAUGAUUUACAUUCGAACAUCGAACAUUACUCAUUCUUCCAGUCAACCAUCCCGAUGAUCAUACAAACGGAUAAAGCUUUACAGGACGGGUCGAGGACGCUGAGAAAUUUGUUGAAACGCAGUGGAUAUUCGGAAGAAAUUGACUCACCCCCAGAUUAUGAAGAAAUCGAAGGAACUGACGCACUACACGAAUCGACCCCAAUAUCAAUAUCAAACACUUCGUCAUCCUCCACUGCGACCACACCGAUACCAGGACCACCAGUAUCGCUCGCUAGACCUCAUUCUGCUCGCGCAGUCACCAACAAUGCUUCCAAAAAUAGUCCUGCUAACAAUAUCUCUAUCAGUCACCCCUUUGGUUCUAUCAACUGCGCAUACACGGUUGAUCCUACACUCACACAGUUCCCUUCAUCCAGCAGAGGAACACGAAUUCAGUCGAAUGUCAAACUCAGAACGAAUGUUGGCUCAAUUGAUGCCGAUUUGACUCUAAUGCAUGGAGCAAAAGAGGACAACUCCACUCUGUCCAGUGCUACGAUGGAUAUCUCGUCAAAGAUGGGGACAGUGAACGUUACGCUCCGAAGACCUUCCUCCGCCCUUCCAACCAUCCGUCUAUUCGCUUCCUCUCGCGCAGGCUCAUUAUCUGUACGAGUACCGGCCAACUUUCACGGGUUCAUCACCGCAUACACAAAAAUCGGUCGUUUGACGCUGGAGCCUUCGCUACAGUCUUCGGCAGUGGUGCUCAAGGAGGAAAUCAAAGUGAAGAGGGUGUUUAUCGGUGACCCGAAUGUAUUGAGGGGCUCGGCGGAUACUAGAUUAUUUCAGACGCGGAUAAGGGAAACUAAAAAUGGAGGAUGGGAAGGUGAUAGGAUCGUGUUAAGAACACCGGUGGGAAAUAUAGAAUUGGGAUAUAUUGAAGAGAGACAUGCCCAUACUUCGCAAUACGACGUCGUGACAGAGUCUAGAGCCGCAUACGGCCGAGGACGAGGGCAUAGAGGACAUGGUGGACGUGGUGGACGUGGAGGCGGAGGUCGCGGCAGACGUGGCAUUAAUGAAGAUGGUCGAGGUAACAAUCAAGGUGUAUUCUUCGCUCCAGAACCUUCUUCAUCUUAAGGUAUGUGUGCUCGUGUACUAUAACGCGUUAUUCAACUGAUCAGGUUCGUAGCUGGCUUCAUCCUUUGAUUGAAUUUGAAACGUUGCGUCAACCACGAGCCGCAACUUGAUGAUAGCUAUCACGCAGCCAUCGUCUCUGUGCCGUUAACUUGCCACUGUAUACAUAUGGUUCAUGGAACAUUCAUAGAAGGAGAUAAAGGAGACUGCGCACGCUUAGUAACGUUCUCUUUGUGACUUGUACUUUUACUCACCGGAACUUGCAAACUCUUCUACCGCUGU